AUGAUGUCUAGCGUUUGGUUUGGAACCGGAAAGCUAAAGAACAUGAACGCCUAUCUAACCCCGUUUGUGACCGAAGUCAAAGAACUGUUGAAGAAUGGAUUCACGUACACAUUAAAUGGUCAAACAUACAAGAAAAGAGUUUUUACUUUGAUGGUUGUAUGUGAUUCUGUUGCUCGGCCGCUCGUACAAUGCACUACACAAUUCAAUGGCAAUUAUGGGUGCGGCUUAUGCCUAUAUCCUGGAGAAUCAAUUGAAAAGGGUCAAGGAUUCGCUAGAGUUUACCCUGUUAUCAACGGGGAAUUUUUUGGUGAAGGCUUACGAAGUCAUGAGCAGACGUUGAUUCAUACCGAGGAAAAAACUCAAGAAAAGAAGAAAAGAAUCAAGAGAAAGUCGAUUUUAUGUGACAUACCAAAUUAUGACAUCAUAAAAAAUCUAGACGUAGAUUGGAUGCAUUGUGUUGCAUUAGGUGUUUCUCGCCAAUUUGCAAAUCUCUGGUUUGAUUCAAAAAAUUCUGGUGAAGCAUUUUAUUUUGGAGACAAAAUUGAUCAAGUAGAUUCGUAUAUUCAUUCUCUUUCUCCAACGAGUGAUUUCUCCAGGAUACCACGAGGACUAAAAGAUCGGGUUCACAUGAAAGCUCACGAAUUGUUCGUAGAGCAUUGGGCAUUAUUGGUUGAGGGCAUUUCAAUUUUGACUAAAAAAUCAAUAAUGAAGUCCGAAAUAGUUUAUGCCGAUAAAUGCUUGAAAGAAUUUAUUGUUGGAGUUGAAUCAUUGUAUGGCAAAAUGUAUCUCAGCUUCAACGUUCAUCUUCUGGUACAUUUAGCGAUAAGUGUAGAAAAUUGGGGACCUCUGUUUACACACAGCGCCUUUAUAUAUGAAGAUUUCAACCAAAUAAUUGAAAACUCGAUUAAGAGCCUCAAUGGAGUAUCAAUACAGAUUUGUGACUCGUUUCGACUCAAGUGCGUUAUUGACCGACUGCGGAAUAUAUGCCAAAAUGAUUUAAAUAAUAAACAAAACCAGUUCUUGAAUCGACUUCUCAACAAAAAAUCAAGACCUAUCUCUAAUCUGCAGCUAGGAGAUUGUAAAGUGUUGGGAAAACCUGUUAUUUUAAGUAAUCUGAAAAAAAUCUACAGUCUAGCACUUCGCCGGUUAAAUGUUGAUUUUCAUACAAGUACGGUAAUCUACAGCUUCAAGAGAUGCAUCAUAAACCAAGUGACCAGUAAAACUUACAAUCGCGAAAAAAAACGUAGCAACUGUACUGUAAUUUUGAAAAACGGUCAAAUUUUUGGAAUUGAAAAUUUAAUUGGAUUGAGACAGAGUGACAAUACAAGCAGCUAUUUAAUUGGUCGAUAUUACGUAUUAAAAAAUAAAUCACUGAUAAGAGACAGGAAACUUGACCACUUGAUACCAUUAGCCGAAAAAUUAAAAAUUAUAACUGCCGUAGAAAGUGACAUGGUAGUGCAAAAAGUAAUGAUUAUUAAAUUGGAUGACAAUCACUGUGUUGUUUACGCCCAUUCAUGCAGCUCAGAGAUGUUAUCAUAA